CUCCUCCCCUCGCCUCUGUCCCGUCGCUGCUGCGAUCACCUUUCGUGAAAGGGAGCAUGUUGCCUCCUGCAGCAAAUGUAUGCACAUCUCUUCCAUUAGCAACCAGGUUUGGUAACGUGAUUUCUGCUUUCCUCGACGUUAACUCCAAGCUGACUUCUCACUGCAAAUGCACAGUUUGACAAAGAUGAAGCUAGGCAGAGCAGCUUCUUGCUAUCUCAACUAUGGAGGGGCAGAUUUGUGCUAACUUGGAAACUUCUGUGGAAAAACUUCCAGGAGCUACUCCUCCAUCCUUCAUUGCUUUGCUGAAGGUCUAUCGAGAACUACUGGUGAGGAGAAUCCGAAACACACAAUGUUUGAUUGACAACUUGAUUAAGAAUGACUACUUCUCCACUGAAGAUGCAGAGAUUGUUGUCCAGUUUCCAACUCAAGCAGAUAAGGUUCGCAAAAUUCUAGACUUGGUUCAGAGCAAGGGUGAAGAAGUCUCAGAAUAUUUCAUCCGUGUCCUGCAGAAAGUCACUGAUGCUUACUAUGAACUUCAGCCUUGGCUGGAUGAAAUAGGUUACGAGCCUUCAGAGAAUAUUUGUAGUAAACCUGUGGUAAAUACAGAUCCAGUUAGCAGGUAUUGCCAGAAACUCAGAGAUGAGCUGGGACGGGACUCCAAGUUUGUUAUGUCAUACGCUCAGAGGGAAGAGAUGGUGCUUGAAGAAAUCUACUCCAACAGUAUUAUGGAGCUGGUCAGUUUUACCAAUGAGAGUCUAGGCAACAUGCAUCAGUUAGAAGACCUUUUUGAUGAUGCAGUUGGGCUAAUCAAUGAAGAUGGAGAGACUGUUUAUGUUUUUGGUGAUGCAGGAAUUGGAAAAUCCAUCUUGCUGCAAAAGAUACAAAGCCUUUGGGCCAGAAAAGAAUUUGACAUAGGGGCCAAAUUUUUGUUCCGCUUCCGAUGUAGGAUGUUUAGUUGCUUUAAGGAAGAUGAAACCAUAUGUUUGAAAGACUUGCUCUUCAAAUAUAAUUGCUACCCAGACCACGACCCUGAAGAGGUGUUCCAUCACAUCUUGCAAUUCCCUCAUACAGUUCUUUUCACAUUUGAUGGCUUUGAUGAGAUCUAUUCCAACUUUGAUCUGAGCAGUAUUCCUGACUUGUGUUCACCUAAUGAACCCAUCCAUCCCCUGGUCCUGCUGGUAAGCCUUCUCCGAGGAAAGCUUCUUAAGGGAUCCAAGAAAAUUCUUACAGCAAGGACAGGAACUGAGAUCCAAAGAAACAUCAUUAGAAAGAAAGUGUUGCUCCGUGGUUUCUCCAGCAGUAACCUGAAGGAAUACACUGCUAUCUUUUUCAAAGAUGAGGGGCAACGCACACUGGUAUUGAACCAGCUGGAAGCCAAUCCAAAUCUCUGCAGUCUGUGCUCAGUCCCUUUGUUUUGUUGGAUUAUCUUUAAAUGCUAUGAACACUUCCAUUCCAUUUUUGACAGCCAUGAGCUUCCAGACUGUUCUGUUACAUUGACAGAUGUAUUUUUGCUCAUGAUUGAAGUUCAUCUGAACCGAUCUCUGAAAACAAGUUUGUUGAAGAACAACACCAGGAGCCAAGCAGAGAUGUUCAAAUCAAGAAAGAAAACCCUUCUAGCUUUGGGUAAAAUGGCAUACAAAGGGAUGGAGAACUCUUUCUUUAUCUUUGAGGAGGAUGAGGUCUCAUCAGCUAAUAUCUCUGAAGAAGAUCUGCAAUUGGGCUUUCUCAGGACAGUUAAAGGCUACAGUGGCUGUGACAGUCAGUCCACUUAUGAGUUCUUGCACUUAACCCUUCAGUCUUUUUUCACAGCUUUGUUCCUGGUUAUCGAAGAGAAAGUCGGUGCCAAGGAGCUACUUCAGUUUUUCAAUGAAUGUUCUUCCACUGAGACUGCCCAGCCUACCUGUCUUCGGAUUCCUUGGCUGAAGAAACAACUAGCAGGGGAGGAUCCUUUCCGAAAUAUUGAACACUUCCAUUUUACCAACCUGUUUCUUUGUGGCCUGCUUUCUAGAUCCAAGCAGAAGCUCUUCAGGCAUUUAGUUUUGCCUGCUGUCAUUAAGAGGAAGAGAAAGACACUUAUCACAUACCUUGGGGAGAGCAUGAAAUCUCACCUGAAAGGCCUCACUCGGUCCUGGCUUGCAAGCUACAAUCAGAUCCAGGCCCAGCCCAACUUUGUUUGGAUGCUGCGGUGCAUUUAUGAGACUCAGAGCAAGAAAGUGGGGAAGUUGGCUGCCAAACACAUGCAUGCCAAUUACAUCAAGCUGACAUACUGCAAUGCCUACUCUGCUGACUGCAGUGCUAUUUCUUUUGUUGUGCAUCACUUUCAAAAGCACCUGGCUCUGGAUUUGGACAACAACAACAUCAAUGACUAUGGAGUGAAAGAGCUGCUACCUUGUUUCAGCAAGCUUGCAGUGAUCAGGCUCAGCGUCAAUCAGGUCACAGACCAUGGAGUAAGGAUCUUGUAUGAAGAACUCUCCAAGUACCAAAUUGUGACUUUCUUGGGCUUAUACAAUAAUCAAAUCACUGAUGUUGGAGCCAGAUAUGUUGCAAAACUAAUAGAAGAGUGUUCAAGCCUUGAAUAUGUUAAAAUAGGAGCAAACAAAAUAACAAGUGAAGGAGGGAAGUGCCUUGCCCAGGCCAUCCAGAAGAGCAAGACAAUGUUUGAAAUUGGGAUGUGGGGAAAUCAAGUUGGAGAUGAAGGAGCAAAGGCGUUUGCAGAGGCCCUGAGGAACCACCCUAGUCUAACAAAUGUGAGCCUUGCGUUCAAUGGCAUCACAACAGAGGGAGGCAAAAGUAUUGCUGAAGCUAUGCAACACAACAACUCUGUAAAAAUAUUCUGGUUGACUAAAAAUGAGCUGGAUGAUGAGGCAGCAAUGAGUUUUGCAGAGAUGCUGAAGGUCAACAAGAAACUGGUGCAUUUAUGGCUUAUCCAGAAUCAAAUUACAGCCAAAGGGGUGAAGUACCUCAGCGAAGCUCUCAAGGAGAACACAGCUAUUAAAGAAGUCUGUCUGAACGGGAACCUGAUCAGUGAAGAAGAGGCUAAAGCUUUUGAAAAUGAGAAACGGAUCAUUUGCUUUUGAAUGAGGACUUCCCCGUUUUGACAAGCUUUGUGUUACAAAUGUUACUCCCACACUUGGACUGCAGAGUUUAUACAGGCAUAAAUCUGAUGAAUCUGCAGUGCUCAUGGCAGAGGAGAGAUCCAGGUUUAGCUGCAUUGCUUCGAACAUGCUGCACUCCCUCAGCUCCAGCCCUCACCCUGCCUCUUAUUCUUAAUCCUUUCGGCGAGUGGGAAAUUGCCUGGGUAAAUAGUUAAUGUUUGUGUGGGGCUUUGAAGCUGAAAUGUGAAGUGUUAGCAGAACAAAUCCACUGGCAGGUGUAUGCGUUUUGGUAACUGAGUUUAGAUUUAUUCUGUGUGCUGUUGUAAAUAAUAUCUUUUAACUUAUUAUAUACAUAUAUACAUAUAUACACAUAUAUACAAAGAUGCAAGAUGCACAAAAUCCACAAACUCACAGUAUUAUCUGCCUCCUAACAGAAAAUGAACAUGCAUAGCUUCACUGGAAACAUAAUCCAUCUAUAACAGUGGCAUGGUAUCAAUGUUUUCAACAUGAAUACCUUUCUCUUUCUCUCUUUCCUAGAAAUUAAAUUGGGACCUUAUUUCUCCACUGACUACAGGCAG